UCUCCCGGCGUGUGGGCGAGCGCGGAGACCCUUGGUGUUUUCUAAAUCCGACUCGUGGAUCCGAACGUGGCUCCGCUCCGAGCCCAGCCGGCGACGUGUUGGACCCCGGCCCUGGCCGCAGCCGCUGCGCACGCCCUGGGAAGACUGCGGGGUGCUAGCGCGGGAGUCUCCGAGUGCAACCGCGUGCGGGCCGAAGACUGAUUUGGAAAGGAUCCCGGGAGAACCUGUUUGGGAUUGACCGUCAACAGCAUGGAGGAGAAUGACCCGAAGCCCAGCGAAGCGGCGGCGGCGGCGGCGGAGGGGCAGCGGCAGCCGGAGUCCAGCCCUAACGGCGGUUCCGCUGGCGGCGGCAGUCCCGGCGACGCAGACACCGGCCGCCGGCGAGCUCUGAUGCUGCCCGCGGUGCUGCAGGCACCAGGCAACCACCAGCAUCCGCACCGAAUCACCAACUUCUUCAUCGAUAACAUCCUGCGGCCAGAGUUUGGCCGGCGAAAGGACGCGGGGACGUGCUGUGCGGUCUUGGGAGGAAGAGGCAGCGCAGCCGGCAGCGAAGGCGGCGCGAGUGGUGCGGAGGGAGGCGGUGGCGCGGGAGGCGCGGAGCAGCUGCUGGGCUUGGGUGCCCGGGAGCCCCGGCAGAACCCGCCGGGCGCGCCGGGCGCGGGAGGGCCGCUACCGGCCGGCGGCGGCGACUCUCCGGCGGACGGGGAAGGCGGCUCCAAGACGCUCUCACUGCACGGAAACGCCAAGAAGGGCGGCGACCCCGGGGGUCCCCUGGACGGGGCGCUCCAGGCCCGUGGCUUGGGCGGCGGCGACCUGUCGGUGAGCUCGGAUUCGGACAGUUCCCAGGCCAGCGCCAACCUGGGCGCGCAGCCCAUGCUCUGGCCGGCCUGGGUCUAUUGCACGCGCUACUCGGACCGACCUUCUUCAGGUCCCAGGUCCCGCAAACCAAAGAAGAAGAACCCGAACAAAGAAGACAAGAGGCCGCGCACGGCCUUCACGGCAGAGCAGCUGCAGCGGCUCAAGGCGGAGUUCCAGACCAACAGGUACCUGACGGAGCAGCGGCGGCAGAGCCUGGCGCAGGAACUCAGCCUCAACGAGUCGCAGAUCAAGAUCUGGUUCCAGAACAAGCGCGCCAAGAUCAAGAAGGCGACGGGCAACAAGAACACGCUGGCCGUGCACCUCAUGGCGCAGGGCUUGUACAACCACUCCACCACUGCCAAGGAGGGCAAGUCGGACAGCGAGUAGGGAGGAGCCGGGCGGCGGGGCGG